CGAUCGUCGGCGCCACUCUUCUCUUCCGCCUUUCGCUGCCGCUGUUACCCCUGCUCUAUGUUUGAAGAAUGUCCGCGUUGACGGACGGAGGAACGUCCCAGAACGUGCGGAAAGGGAGAAGAAUCGUGAAGUCCCGCUACCUGCAGUACGAUAAGAAAGAGUCCAGUAAGAAUGCUUCAACAAAAUCCUUUUCGUCAUCGACUUCCAGUGCAUCUUCCACAGCUAAAGCAAGACCGGCGCUCGCCCAGAAGUCUGAAGGUUCUGGUGUUGCCUCUGGCUUGUUAAAUCAGAGUAGUUUUGAGAAAGGUGACCUGCAAUCCACUUUAUUAGAUGGAGAUAAAAUUACUCGACCAGACCUUGAUCUUUCAGCUAUUAAUGAUAAAACCGUCCUACAGAAGUCUACAAGUUCAAAGGCUUCCUGCAAAACAGAUAAAGGGCCACGUGUAAAAAAACAGAAAUCGAAAAACAAUCCUGCUGUUGUGGGGGCAGAGCUGAGCUCUCAGGAGCUGAUUUUAACUUACCUAAGAGUGCAGCAGGGGAAGGACGUGGCUGAGCUCGAGGAGAAAGCAGAAGAAAACUUGUUAAUGUUGUGUGAAGAAAAAGAGAGACAACAGGAGAAGCUCUAUGAGUUGAAGCGUGAAAUUCUGCUCAGAGAGAGAGAGGAAAAGCUUGAUGAGGAGCUUGUAAAACAGAUGGAAGUACUUUCUCCUCUUGUUCCUCUUCUUGAACAAUUUAAAGAGCAGUAUAAGAGCUUUGCAGUUGCUCUGGAUGCCACUAGACAUAAAUUACCCAUUAAAAACAUUCACGUAGAGGGAGAUAUGCCAACGUACCUAGACAAACUGCAAAAGCAGUUGACUGUCACCCAGGAACUUCUGGCAGAAGUUAUGCCAGACUGCUCAGAAGAAAGUGCAAAAGCAUUCAGUGAACUGCAAGGUACUGAAGAGGUGUUUCAAAAGCUGGAGAAAGAACUUCGAAGGAGCUUCACUCAAGUGCAGAACCUGUCGUAUGAAGCUAGCAAAGAAGUUUCACUGCAUAAUCAAAGACUAUGUGAGGACAAUCAUGGCGUAGAUGUUGUGAAACACUGGUACUUCAACUGAGUGUCUGUGAUCUGUGUGUUUUAUUUUGUUUGUUACUGAUGGCGGGGUCCUAAAUCAAUGUCAGACUUGUAUGUUUUUGUUUACUGUCUUUGAUUUGUCCUGUAUCUUGCUUUACUUAUGGACAGAACACAUCCAGCUUUCCAGUUUCAAUAUGAAAGCAGCUACAUGUGUGACUGAUCUAAGAAUGGAAUUUUCUUCUGCUUACCCAUAAGGAGACUUAUUUUUUUAAACAGCCAUUUCUGUGACACUUUUAUCAUCACUUGCUGCCUUGGUAAUACUGCAAGUUAAAUCAAAUGUUAUUCUUAGCAAACAUGAACAAUGUAUCCUUAAACUCAUUUUACUUUCUUGCACCUGGCUUUGAGUGCACUGCUUUGCAACUCUUCCCAGCCCAGUGUUCCUUACAGGGGCGCGUCUCCAGAGAGAGAUGUGGAGCUGUGUUUGUUGUACUGUGUGUUUGUUUUUUUUAAUCUGGAUAGGAGAACCAGGAGGAAUGCACAGCAUGAUCAUUAAUCACUUGGUGAACAGCUUCUAGAGGAACUCUUAAUUGCCCCUUGUGUCUGGGUUUUUCAAUGUGGGUAGCAAAGAAUGAGGCUGGUGAGCAGGAGUAGAGUUUUGGUAUAUUUUUGCCUAAUUGUCUUGUAAAUAAAUUACUGAAACAUAAAUGCUUUUGUAUUGAUGCUUUCUCUUGAAGUGCUUUAGAUCUUUAUUUUAAAAUAAAGAUUACUUUUUCACUGCUGCGUUAGGAGCCAUCAUGUUUGAAAAUCUUCACUGAUCUCCUAAAGAAGCUUUUGUUUCCACCUGGCUUGCAUAGAGCAAAUAUUACACAAUGUGUGCAGGAGAGGAUUUCUAGGCAUGAAGUCCUAAGGGCAAGUCGUGUCCUCCUGGCACCCAAAGCUCAGAUGCCAGAAGAGUCUGAUCAUGGAAAGAAACUUCUAACCUAAAUAGUGCUUAAGUGCUGGAAUGAGAAAGAUAAUAAUGAUCUGUUAGAACAUGGAUGCUAGCUGUGGAAAUGGCUUUUUCAACACGCAAAUAAAUGAUUUAGGUUUUCUUCCUGCUGUUAGCAGAGGUCUAGAGAGAUUCUGUCUCCGAUGAUUAAAAAUAAGGUGAAAUUGAGCUGUAGGAUGGGGUCAGUAGAGAUGUGUAUUGGAUAAGUCCACGUAUGACAAGCUGUUAAGACCUCCAUCGUAUGUAAUUUCAGUGUCAUCGUUUCAUAGCAGCUGGUCCACGACGUGGUGGGGGGACAAUUAUUUUCAGAUGUUAUCUUUUAUUUCUAUUUAUUUUAGCUAUGUUAGAUCAGCUACACCUGACGGCUUACCUGUGUGUGAGCUGCCUUUUGUGCCCCACGUCACAGGCAGCUGCCCGCAGCAGUGUCGUUUCCCUGCACAGGAAGGCAAACUGCGCCUGCAGCGUUCACCACUGGGUGGGGAGCUUUGCUGAACGGCCGGCUCGGUGAGUUGUAGCUCGGCAGUCAUUCUGAUGGGUGCAGAGCUCCGUAGAAAGGGCCAUAAGUGAUAACACUGCUGGUCAAACUGCGGUUUUCCCUGUGAAUAAACGCUGGGCUGUGUCCUCGUGCCUUUAACCUGUUUGUUGUAACUGCCGUUGCAGGACUCAAAUCUGUUACGAGGGAUUCCCUAAAUUCUGUGGGGGCAUGGAUGGCAUAAUAAAGUAAAUCGGGUCUGAAUUUUGUUUCUGCACCAUCACAAGGCAGAAUGGCUGUCCUAGGAUUUAUUGAUGAUAGACUUCGUUGCUUAUCUUAAAAAUAAAAAAAGUAUAGGACAUACUUUAAAUUUGAACCUUUCAUCUUCAGUUAAGUGACUUCCUACCACUCUUAAGUGGUAGAUUUCAAGGACAGUUUCCAUCUGAAGAACACUGUGUGCAUGCUGUGACUGCAGGGUUAGGGACACCUUCACUCAGCUGUUUAUCCUCUGGGUGAAAGAAUCCUUAUGCAGAGUUUCAGUUGCCUUCUGGAUUUUCUCCCUCUCAUCGCUUUCUAAGCUAUGCAAUACAUCUGUACUGACGCUCAGUGAGAUGGAAUGCUGCUGUGUUCACCCUGAACGACGGUGGGGGAGGAAAGGUUCUGGCUGCGAUGGCAAUUAAGCAGCUCUAAAUCGCAGGGAAGUUCUUCCUUGCUGCUGCAGGUGGCAGUCAUUACCCGCACAAGAAGCCCAAGCGCUCAGAGCUGAAGGCCGACAGCCCGCGCAGAGCGGCGAGGAGCACGAGGACGCGCACCGUUGCUUCGGAGGAAUCGCGGGCGUUGGUGAAACGGCCAUUCCUUCCUGAACGGAACACUUGUGUGAAGCUCUGUACCGGUAGUGGACGAAAUGUCAGAUGAAGCAGCACACUUCUUCAGGAAAAGGUUGUAGUUUUGGACUUUCUUCCCUAUUGCUUGAAUGGAAUAUUGAUUCUGAUUGAUUCUGUUUUGACUCUUUGAAGAAACAAGAAGUCUUUCAGGUUCCCCCAACACAGAACAGCUACAGGCACUCCAUACUGUCAUACUUACCAGUGUAAAUCCAAACCAAAGUGCAGGAGCUGAGCAGAUGUGGCACUGCUGACUUUGUAUUUCCCACCAAUGUUCUGACAGCAUCGCGUGCUCUGAGUCUGCCUGAAGUCCUGGGCUCUUUUCCUUCAGGUUAUUGAGCCCUUCUUACUUCUGCACCUGGAAAUAGUGACGUCCACAUCUGCUGUGUUUAUAAUAUUGUUUCAAUGCCAAUUUACUUCUGUUCUAUUUAAAUUUUUGGAGUUCUUAAUCCCUGUGUAUUGAUCUUUUGGACCAGAAGCUAAUAUUUCCAAUUGUUAACAUCAGGUUGUCCCAAG